UCCGGCACCGCGCAGUUGGAUUAUUUUUUUCCAGCCAUGCUGUUUCCGGGGUGCGGGCUCCUGUCAGUGUUGGGCAGAGGGGCCAGUCGCCAGCUGCUCGCCCGGGGGGUAUUGGGAGCCGCCCCUGCGGUCUGGGAGCGGCAAGUACCUGGCACCGGGGGGAAACCAUUGGCUCCUACAGGGGGCCGGAAGUAUGUGUGUGGUACUCUGCCGCCAUCCCAGCAUGCCCUGCGGCUGGACUGCACCGCCCCUACUGCCUCGUCUGGUCACUAUCACCUCAUAUACACCUGCAAGGUCUGCUCCACCCGCUCCAACAAAACCAUCUCCAAAGGGGCCUAUCACAAGGGGGUGGUGAUCGUCAAAUGCCCCGGCUGCAAGAACCAUCACAUCAUCGCCGACAACCUGGGCUGGUUCUCCGACCUGGAAGGGAAAAGGAACAUUGAAGAGAUUCUGGCGGCUAAAGGGGAGCGGGUGCAGCGAUUGGUCGGGGACGACGCCGUGGAAAUUCUGCUCAGAAAUGCCGGGGAGUCGGCGGCCCAGGAUGGCGACAAAACUGGGGAACCGGAACCCGCGGACAGUCAGCGACUGACCUGACCCGAAUGAUAUGAACCGUGGGACCAACAUUCUUAUUGGCCCAUUGGGCAGCCAAUAGCAAAGCUGACAUUUCCUUUGUACAUCAGGCCACGGUGGCAGUGCCCAGGUACCACCCCAGGCGGGGCCGGUAUGUGUGAAGCUGCGGAAUAGACCCGGUACCAUUCUUGGAUCUUAUGCCGCCUCCAGUUGCACAAGUUCUGUUGAACCCAUUAACCGCUUCUUUCCCACUGUCCAGGUUUGGGUUUGGGUAAACUCUCAGCCACUCCCUCCUUUAUACUGGCCUGGGGGGGGGGCUUUGUGUUAUUAUAGGCUGGUACAACUGUACCUUAGCCUAUCAGAACCCUGUUCCAUCCCCCCGGUCCAGUGUGAUGGAGAUCAGAACCUAACAGUAUCAGGGGACUCGUGGGUGGGGGCAGGAUAGGGGGGAAAACUAAAACCAGAAUCACUGAUCCAUGAUGAAAUCCAUAUGGCAGCUCCUACAUACUGUAUGUGUCUCUGUAUAAACUGCCCCCCCCCCCCUGUCUGUAUAAUUAGGUCCCAAUUUAUUUAUGAAAUAAAACCUUUCUGUAUCAGUUGGUUGCAGCGAUGGCUUCUUCUCCAGAAUCUCAUGGGGCGCUGUAGCCGUGCUGCUUGUGUGGCUGGGAAGGGUGACAUUUAGACCAGUGGGCAUUUAGGCGGUUGGAUUUCCUGAGUGUUGCCAGUAGGUGGCGCUGAUACUGCACAACUCCAGUUAUUGGGCUCGCCAACUCAGUGACAGUAAUUGGGUCGUUAAGUGCAGAUUUCCCAGCAAUCUGUGGUGCCGGGGGAUUGGUUUGGCACAUUACAAAUGACCCCCCUGGGGGGGCAAUUUCUACCAGGGUGCAGGGGAAUAACCUAGAUAGGAAAAUCUCACCCCCCGGGGGACUGACUUGGUAUUAAAGCCCUAUAAGGCUCAGUUUGCACCCCCCCAGGCAGAUUUUAUAUGGAAUCUUCUUUU